AUGUCGUCUGCAUCAGAUAGCCAAAACCAAACCAUGAGCUACGGGAACAACUCACCAGUAAGUUCCUACUCUUCCUCGUCUGUUUCAAUUUCACUUCCCCCGAGCCUUAGAAAAACCUCUAAAGCCCCUGUCCAAAUCAAACCCACGCACAGUGGAGCCACUGCCUCUUCCCAGUGGCCGUCUAGGUCAAAACCUACCACAACACCCAUAAAACCCCCUUCUAAAACCACCAAAGCCAUCGCAACCCUUCCUUCCAAAACUCCUCAACCAAAGCCGAAAACUACCCCUAAGCCAAAGCCCAAAACUCCUUCGAAACUGAGGCAACAUUCAUCAUCUACGGCUACCAGUAAGCCCUACACCAAGCCUGCCCCACCUCCAUUCAUUCCUAACAUAACUCCGGAAGUUUUUGGUGCUAUUUUGGUGAGUCUCAAUCAAAGCCAAGAGGAAGACCAAGUGAUGCGUUCAGAUCCACCUAACGCAUCACUUGAAAUGGACGAAGCGGAGCGGCACACUAUGAUGCUUGAAGAGGAAUUAGAAGAAGAUAGAGAAGAAGAAGAAAGGAGAAUUGGCCCAUACUCGUAUCAAUCAUGCCAAUCCGACGCGAAUGAAGGGCCCUUAAAAUCAACAAGAGUAACAAGGAAAAGAAAAUUAAUAUUGGAGGAAGAAGAUGAGCAAUCAGCAUCCGGUUCUAAGGAUGCAACGCAUGGGAGUUGCUCAAUGUAUGACACAUUUAAGAAGGACUUGGAAGACUACUAG